AUGGGCCCCACUAUGAACUCAAUUCAGUUGGUUGGGACGGUCCCCAAGAUGGAGGUCCCCCCAGAUGGAGCUUGUGGUCGGCAUACCGUCUGGCGUGAUCAUACGUUUAAAGUCAGAAUGAAGCAUGACUGGCGUUCUCGGGGAGUGGGGAUUGCGGGAAUAGAGGAAAAUGUCACAAACAGUGGGAAAUAUCAGAGGAAAUAA